GAAUAUGUAAAUGCGGUUAAGCAUUUAAUAAGUAUUUCUGAAGUAAGAGUCUACAUGGAGAUGCGAGUAUUGGUAGUGCUUAUGGACUAUUCCGAUCAACUUCAUGUAUGUCGUGGAAUUACCCAUCGUAUUAAAUCUGAAGAUUCUUCUAGAAUACCAGAACAAAUUCUGCAUAUCAUUCCAAUGAUUGGACCUUUGCAUGUAUCCUUAAAUAGUCGUGAAACAUUUGAACAUUCAAAAGAUCCAGAAGUUAGAUACCUUAUUAAUUUGUUAGAUAAUAUUGUCUUACUUGUUUUAGAUUUUUACCCUAUCAUAUUUCACAGUGGGAAUUGGCAAGCCUAUAUAGAAGCAAUGUUCUGUGUUUGGGCUAUUUUUUAUCAAUAUCAGCAAAAACAUUAUAAUAAAUUGCUAUUGACAUUUUUAAGUGAUGUUUUCUUUUGGAUCAGCACUAAUCAUUCUAUCUCUCAAGCUCUUGUAGGUUCUCUCCACGUUUUUAAUGAUUACUUUGUUGAAAACUUUCACAGUUCACUUCGACAGCAAAUACAAGAGUCAAACACAGCAGAUCAAAUUAUUAUAGAACUCUAG